AUGCGGGUGGAGGUUCCUCACUCAGGCGCCCCAGGCAUCGGAUUCUGGGCGGGGGCGCGUGGCAGCCGCCAGCAGCUCUGGGCGCUGCCCUCUGCCGCCGCUGGGGCCCGAGGGAGGCGAUCCGGCGACGGCGGCUCUUCUGCGGCGGCCUCCUCCCCUCCCCGUCCGGUGCCGCAGGAUUGCAGCUGCCACUGGAGGGUGGGCAAGCUCAAGGGAGGGGCGCGCGGGGAGCCCGCCGGGCGAGCGGAGCCCCGCGGCUGUGCUCGCAGCCAGGCGCGGGGCUUUGAUGGAUCUCACUGCCUGCGUGAGCGCCACUGUGUGCUCACUGCAGCGGCGGCGGCGGCCGGGCCCUGCCCGGCCCGUGCGGCCCCCGCGCGCUUCCGAGCGAGCCGGGCCUGCCCGCGCCGCCGCCUCCUCCUACUCCUCUCCCCGGCGGCUGCUCCGUUUCGGCCCAGCACCCGCCCUCAGGCCGGCGCGGCGAGGCCCCAGGCGGGCGGCGGCUGCCAGGCGGCGCGGCCGCGGGCGCUGCCCAGCUCCGGCCGGCGGAGGGCGGAGCGCGGCGCCAGAGCCGAGGGCACGCCGCGGAGGGGCGCACGCAGGCCUCCGGGCCGCGCCGUGCUGGGCCGCGCCGUGCCCGGCCGGGCGGCGGCUGCGAGAGGAGGCCGGAGGCGAGCGCGGGGCCGGCGGUGGGCGCGCAAGGCCGCCCGCAGCCCGCAGGGAGAGCGCGAGCCCGCGGCCGGGGCCCGGCCGGGCGUCCAGACAGGUGAUGGGUGGUGCGGCGGCGGCAGCUCCAGCCUCGCUCCGGGGUCCCUCUCGGGGCUGACGCCCGCAAAUAUGCAGAAUUACCGGCCGGGUCGCUCCUAA